UCAGUUGAAACCGUCGGACAAGGACAAAGUUGUCUAAUUCACCUGGUACAAUGUUGUAGCUGUUACCGCUCGGGUAUUUAUUGACAAGAACCGACGAUGUGGGUCGCCAGGCGGUUUUUGUCGUUGGCUGUCCAGAGAGCUCAGUUUGCGGGCCAGUCAGGUUUGUUCCGCCGCAUUCAGCACGGCUCCCUGGAGCUGCGCUACCUCCAGUGCACAUGUUGCUGGAGAAGCCGGGUGCCCGUGGCAUGCUUCGAGACUCUCAACGCGACUCUCUCCCCUCCAUACCAGCCAUGCAAGGACACCAGCAGGGUCCUGGAUGACUGUUACACCCCCAAGCAGCGGGACGCUAUCCUACAACUCCUCAACACCGCCUCGCAGACAGAGCUGGCCGAAGUGAAGCUGCUGAGAGGCCGCAAGGCGGUCAACAUUGUGGAGUACAGGACGAAAAACGGGCCCUUUACAACUCUGGAGAGUGUGGUGAAUGUACCGCUGCUGAAGCACAAAAGUGCUGUCAUAGUCUUCAACUCCAUUCUCAACCCCGUUAAGAAGGAAAAGAAAGUGAAGAUACAGCUGGCCAAGUUCAUUCGGCCGGAGGUUGACAGGUCCUGGUUGGAGGAUGCCAGUUCCAUAGUGUCAAUAGUUAGCGGCACUAACAGAAUAGCCUGGGCACAUGUGAACCGCACAAUGAAUGUAUUGGAUUGGCAACAGAUGGAAUGUCCCAGUUUCUUGAGAGGAAACUACAUGGCCUCUGCUUACUUGAAUGACGUCGCUUCAGUUGUGGCGCACUUGCCGUCAGCAGAUUUCUACAUAAUUGAGAAAUCCAUCUCAGCCCAGAAUACAUCUCUGUUCCCCAUCAUAGCCCAUAUGAGGGCUGUGGAGGCUAUGCUGUUUGCUCUACUGGAGCCCAAAACCCCCAUCCCAGAGCCCAACAUUCCUCCCAAGGUUCUUAACAUGAUGCGGACUGCAGUGGGGCGCCACUUUGGGCUGAUGGUGGGUGAGUCUCGCACCAGUGGGGCACAGACAGUUCAACGGCUUAUGUCUGACUCAGUGACUCAGAAGCUUCCCAGGAUAAACUUUCCCCAAGAGCUGGUGCUGAAGUACAGGAAUUACUUCCAAAUGGACAGCAGAAGAGAAGGAGACGAACUGUCCGACGCCCUGCUUCAGGCUUUGACCUUUUACGAGCUGCUCAAUGAGUCUUCCUGGUAGUUGCCACCUGAACUUAUCAACUCAUCUACAUCCACAAAGACAAAUCACAAAGAAGGCAUUCUGAGUCUUUUUGAACUUUUAUGAACAAUAGGGUGGGGUUACAUUUAAAGAAUUAAAUACUCUUCAAACGAGGCCAAUACAGUUUUCAGGAUCCUGAGCAUGUGGGCUGCAGCAGUGUUUUAUUAUUACAGCCAAGAACCAUGAUUGUUUAAUUAAGACUUCCAUCUGCUUACGUUCUGAGAAUUUUCACUCCUGUUGAUUUGUGACUUCAUGAAUUUUGUACAUGGUUCUUCCCAGCAACCCCUGUCAGUACCUGAACAGACGGUGUACACUACCUUCUUUAUUUACGAAAGUAGAUCUUUUAUUUAGCUUUUAUGGUUGCACUUACAUGUAAAUAAAACCUGAUUUCUCAAAAUGAAA